GCUAGACCAUGGCGGUGGCGCUGGAAUCCCAGGCCCAGGCCUCUCCCAUACCAGAGCCUGAAGACCUCCUGGUUGUGAAACUGGAGGAGGACUUGUGGGGAUCAGAAUCCAAACCCCAGGAGAAGGACCAUGACCCUGUUCCUGGCCCUGAGGCCUCCCGCCAGCGCUUCAGGCAGUUCCAGUACAGGGAUGCAGCUGGACCUCAUGAGGCCUUUAGCCAGCUCUGGGCUCUGUGCUGUCAUUGGCUGAGGCCAGAGAUCCGCCUCAAAGAGCAGAUCCUGGAGCUGCUGGUGUUGGAGCAGUUCCUGACUAUCUUACCCAGGGAGAUCCAGGCUUGGGUGCAGGCGCGCCACCCUGAGAGUGGUGAGGAGGCAGUGGCCCUGGUGGAGGACUGGCACCGAGAGGCCCGGGGUGCAGGACAGCGG